UUGUAUUUAUAUAUAUAAUUUUUUUAUCACCAAGUUCUUUUUUUUUCCCUUGAUUACAUUUUCUUUUGAUGUCUAAAUUGCCACCUUUUGUUCCUCUCUUUCUUCUCUCACCUUUCUACUUUUUAUUCAUUUCUCCCUUUCUUUACCCUUUUUCUUCUCCCCUCAAUUGUCCUCCAUCCUGUUCGCUUCUCUUUCUCAAUUCCCCAUCUUAUUCCUUUCUAUUUUUCUUUCCUUUUUACCUUUUUCCUCCCCUUUGCCUUCCUUCCUUUAUAGGAGGAAGAUCUUCCACUUCAAACGAUAGAAAGCAGAUGUUCAUGCAUCUGCAUGAAAUAUACUGACCAUAAGAUUGGCAGGUGACUUUUCAAUUCCACCUUCAGUCUGUUUUUGCUGCUAUAAAAACUCUCACUAAUCUGAAGAUCCUCCAGAUUUAAUUCCCAAGGAUGUUGAAGUCAGGUAGUGAUGGUGAGGAGGUCUGGGGUGCAGUCAGCGUUCACAUUCAGGGUCAAUAGGGUUGAGAUCAGAGCAGGAAGAUCUUCAUGGAGCUGCUUUGUGCACAGGAACGUUGUCGUGAUGGAGCAGAUUUGGGUCUCUGAUCCUCCAUAAACGUCCUGUGUGCGAUUGUGCGCUUUUGAUUGAGUGAGGAACAUUUUGGAGAAGAUCCACAUCUGUCCACAUCAGUGUAUUUGAAUUGCUAAGUGGUAUUGAUGAAGUCCAGAUCUUUAGAGUGUGUAUCAGGGAUGUGUUGCUGGUAUCUGCCCGUGGCUCUGCACUGCAGAGGAGUUUUCAGACCAGAGUAAUGGAGCACAAGAUGAUCCGGAUCUGGGUUUCUGCACGCGCGUCAGUGGGGAACCGCAUCUGAAGUGCAGCUCUGUGACUGGACCAGUAGGAUGGAGUUUGUGUGCAUUAGAUGGAAGGCGAGGUUCUCCGUCCUGCUCUUUCACACCUUUACUUGGGGAUGGACAGGCCACGCACGGGCACUUGACCCCGCCCCCAAGAUCGAUGGACGCCAACACUCGGAGGUCACUGUGCAAGAAAACAUCACUCAUAGCUUUAAUUGCCAAUCAGAAGGCUGGAGCCCACAAGCCCCACCUCUUCUCACCUGGUUUCUCAAUGGUGAGAGACAGAGUGAGGUUUCGGGGAGCCGGGGGCCGGGGCGGUUGGUGAUGUCCUCGCAGAAUAACAGGGGAACCAUGACGUUCAGUUCGGAGCGAAACAGCACCUUCACCCUGCGGCCCAAGAAGUGGGAUCGCGAGCUGGUGUGCGCCGCCUUGAACCCGUACGGUGGAGAGAGCUACAACGCCACCGUUGUCCUUAACGUUCAGUUUCAGCCGGAGAUCCUGCGAGUCAACGCCCACUACAGUGAGACCGCUGACCCCGGGAUCUCCCUGGUGCUCUUUGCAUUGGUUCGCUCCAACCCCCCUGCCACCAUCACGUGGGUGGAUCAAUCUGGCCAACUGGUAGCCAACACCACCGACUUUCUCAUCCUGGACUCGCGGAGCUACCCCUGGCUGGCCAAUCACAGCCUACAGGUCGUGCUGAGCAGCCUAUCAGGAAACGUCUCACUCAGCGCCAACAACAGCCUCGGCUCUGCCCAGACCAACCUGACGCUCACAGAAUUCCUGCAGUCUCGGGUGGAAGUGCCGGUGCUCGGGAUCGUCACGGGCGGAGUCGCAGGCUUCGUCACGCUCCUCAUCCUCACUCUGAUGGUGCUUUGUCUUCUGCAUAAGGACAAAACCAAAAUCAUCGAGGAACCCGUCGCUAUUCCAAUGACCCAAGACUGUAACAGAUCGGACCAAGCGCAGACGAACAAAGUGUAUCUGCCUCGUGAGAACAUGUCUCUGCCCUCCAACGUGCCGCUCAACGACCACAGCGCUCUGUGUAAAGGACGACUUCCGAACUCCAGGCAGAACACUUUGACUCGGAAGACUAAAGAGGAGGAGGAAGAGGACCUCUCGUUGGCCUACGCCGCCAGAGGUCAGAGGUCACCGCAUCUGAAAGUGUUUCGCCAGAUACCCCAUGGUCGGUUACAUCUACAAAGUAAACAGCACAAGCAGUGAAGAGAUCUGGCUUUGAUUGUAUUACACACACACACACACACACACACACACACACACACACACACACACACACACACACACACACACUCAUCCCAUACUCAAUUAUCUCGCUAGAUUUUAAUACUAAAAAAAACAAUAUUUCCUUAAUUUUUACUUUAUAUAGAUUUUAUAUAAAUGAUGAUAUAAUACCCAGAUGCAUAUUCAUAAAUAUAAAUAUAAAUAUAUCGAAUAUAGAAUUGUAAUUUAACUAUAUUUAUGAACAAUUAUUUUCCAUCAAAUUAUAAUAAAUUGUUUCAAUUAAUAUCCAUUUAAAGUAUAUAAAUGAUAUACUUCAUUUUUUCCCAUUUCUCCUCCUGGAAAAAAGAAAAUGUAAAUAAAAUUUAAAUAGAAUAAUUCUAUAAAUCAUUGUUCUUAUGCGAGAUAUUCAGAUAAAAAAAUAUGGCUGCUGCAAAACAUAAAUAUUCGAGAUUGAUUUUAGUUAAGCAAAUAAAUUAAAAUAUUAAAAUCCCGGGGGCCGAAAAAACGCAAUUUUGCAGCUUUUGUUGAGGCUUUAAAUUUAAAUAAAUCAAACAAAAGAAAAAAAUCAUCUGAGAUCUAAACUAAUGGUAUUGAGCUCAUCAUAUCAUAUCACAUGCCACCUCUCUGAAAAAUCUAUCAAAAAUACUCAUAUAAAAUGAUAUAGUAAUAAUGUAAGUUUAAUUGAACGCCAUGUUCGGGUACAGGGAUUGUACCCGGGUAAAGCGUCAUUACCCACAAUUCUGUGCUGCUACGUGGAAUGCUCCAUGGUCUUUGUGUAAGAAUGUGAAUUAAAUAAAUACAGAAAUAAUAAUAUAAUGAUGAAAGUUAUAUUUGUAAGGAUGAGCGGUUACACAUGUAUUUGUAUAUUUAAAUGUAUAUUUGAUGCAUGUACAUAUACACGGAAUGAACUGUAUAAAUCAUGUAUAAGUCCAGAGUUAUUUAUUAAAGGCAGGAUGGAGAGAUUCGGUUCUUCCCAUCCAGCAGGAGGUGCUGCGAA